AUUCCCUUUUUAUGUCACAAAAAUAAUCAGCUUCGGGCUUCACUUCUACCUCUUUUGUAUAAAUAGAAACAUUCAAGACAAACAACAAUAAUUGAAGUAUUUUCUUCUCUCUUCUUCUUCUAAAAAGUCUUAAGGUAUGAAAUCCUCGACUAGUAGUAGCGCUCGUGCCCAAAUAGUAGCCAAAAACCCUCCUUCCUGCAGACGAACGCCUUCAUUUUCGUCUUCAUCUUCAUUUUCCUCCUGUUCGUCGUAUUAUACAGAGGAUUCUCCCCUGGGUUCCGCCGCCCCGCUUAGAUUUUCUGGUGUGCCAUUUUCUUGGGAACACUUGCCAGGAAUUCCCAAAACAAAUAAUAACAAUAACAACAACAACGACCACAAUAGCUUCCACAAGAAGGAAUCUUUCUUGAAACAACUCCCUCUACCUCCUCCAGUCAGAACCCCAAACCUGAAAAAGUUGCAAUUCGACGCUGAUGUCAGAUUCAAGAAGAAAGUCAACUCCAAUGGCGAUCACAGCUUCGGAAAGGAUCCGUUUGUAGCUGCAUUGGUUGAAUGUUCGAAGGCCGACAACGAUAAAGAAGACGACGACGUAUUGACGAGCAGUAAGUUGUUGCGGAGAAGUAUAAGUGGCAAGUUCGGAUUUGUAAGUCUUUACACUUCUUGUAAAAGAACUUGUGCGGUUUCAGAAUCUGUAGUUUAUCUUCCGAGGUCUAGCCGAACAUCUUAUGAUCUAAUUCAUCACCGCCGUUCACACUGAACUGAAUUGAAUUUCAGCCGUUGAUCAUCAGUACUACUUCUGGAAAAAUUAUUAUAUUUCAGUUUUUUUUUAAAUUUAUUUAAGGAUGUCCCAGUUCUGAAAUUUAUAUUGUAAUAUGUUAAUAUUAAUUUUGAUAUUAUAAUUAAUUAAGAGUUUGAUGUUGCUAGUUUGCUGUAUUUCAUGUGAUGUUAAUGAAGGCAUUACCCAUGUGGGAGAAAAAUUUAAAAAUUUUUACAUUAUAAUCUUUCUUUUUUUUUAGUGGGAA